GCCUACCUGCAGUGCCCCGCCGUGCCCUCCCCCGCUGGAUCGGGGGGCGGCGUCGCGGCGCCCUGCGGCCUGGAGGCGCUGCAGGCCGACGGCGUGGAGGCCAAGAGCAAGGAGAACGACGACGCAGUGGCCGUCCGGCCGUUCGAGGCCAUGUCGGAGGUGAGCGGGGGCGCUGGCGUCUCCGUGCAGGACUGGGGCGAGGCGGCGUCGCAGGUCGAGGCCCUGAGUGCUGGCCACUCGCUUAUGAGGCCGCUGCAAGUCCAACAGCAAGUCCAACAGCAAGUCCAACAGCAAGUCCAACAGCAGGUCCAACAGCAGGUCCAACAGCAAGUCCAACAGCAGACCCAACAGCAAGUCCAACAGCAGGCCCAACAGCAAGUUCAACAGCAGGUCCAACACCAAGUGCAGCACCAAGUCCAACAGCAAGUCCAACACCAAGUCCACCAAGUCCACCAAGUCCAGCAGCAGGUCCAACAGCAAGUCCAGCAGCAGGUCCAGCAGCAGGUCCAACAGCAAGUCCAGCAGCAACUUCAGCCACCCCAGCUGCACCCGCUGGCCGCGACGCGCGUCCCCGCACCUCCGCGUCAGCUGACGGGCCUCGUGGCGGCGCCCGCCACGCCCAUCCAGAUGGCGGCGCGACAGAACCCGCACGCGCAGGCCGCGCUCAGCCAGCUGCAGCAGCAGCCCCACUACGCGCAGGCGGCGCAGGCGGCCCAGCACCCCUUCCAGCAGGCGCCGCCCCUGGUGCCGCCCCUAGUGCCUCCCCUGGUGCCGCCCCUAGUGCCCCAGCACGCAUUCCAGCAGCAGCGGCAGCACCCCAUGCAGUACCAGGCGUAUCAGCAACAGCCGCGCCAGGAGCAAGCCAAGCCACCCCAGCCCCAAGCGCAGGUCAAAUUGCAGUCCAUGGGGCAACCUCUCGGCCACCAGACCCAAAUGCAACCGCAGAUGCACCCCCAAAUGCACAUGCAGAUGCAAUCCCGCAUGCAACCUCAGCCGCAGAUGCACGCGCAAGUGCAACCACAUGUUCAACCGCAGAUGCUGCCCCAUGUGCAGUCGCAGAUGCAGCCCCAACCGCCAAUGCCGCCGUUGGAACAUCGUCGGGCCUCUGUGGAGGUGGCCGAAGGCAGCCGGCCGCCGAGCCAGCACAGUGCGGCCCACGCCGCCAUGCCCAGACACGUGCAUCAACACCAGCAGCAGCAGCUUCGGCAGCUCCAGCAUAAACCGCCACCUCAGGUUGCACCAACGCAGCAGGUAGCCCAACAUCAGCAAUUUCAACUGGCGGCGCAGCAGCAACCACCUCAGCAGACUCACCAACCGCCUCAACAAAAUCAGCAGCCUCACCCACACCAGCAGCAACUUCAGCGCCAUCAAGUCCAGAAACAGCAUCCGCCCCCCUUGCAUCUGAACCAGCAAACACAGUUGCCUGUGCCACCCCUGCAGAUGCAGCAGCAGCCUCAGCGACACCACCAGCGCCUGGUCGGACAACCUGGCGUCCAGCAGACCCUCAAAACCUACCAGGGCCAAGAGGAUGCGGUGAAGCAAGCCCCGGCUGCUCCUCAUGCUGUUCAUGGCGCUCCAGCGGCUGCCCGCCCGAGGGCUUCCUCGACUGGUCCAUCACCGGCCCCGUCGCCCGCCCCCAUGGUUGUUCCAUCGCCUGCUCCGUCGCCCGCCCCCACGUUUGUUCCAUCGCCUGCUGCACCGGCCACUCCGUCGCCCGCUCCAUCGGCCACUGCGUCGGCUUCUCCUUCAGCUACUCCAUCAACCACCGCAUCGGCUGUUCCACAGGUCACGCACAACGCUGUGGUCACGACCCAGGUCGCACAAAAAGUCACGCCGCAAGUAGCACACAAGAUCACGCCCAGGGUGGCUCUUCCCCAGGCCGUGCCUCAGGUUCCAUCCCAGACCCCUCCACAGCCCGUGUCUAAGACUGCUCCUCAGGUCACACCUCAGGCCGUGUCUAAGGCUGCACCCCAGGUCGCAUCUCAGGCCACACCCCAAAUCGCUACUCAGGUCGCACCUCAGACCACAUCUAAGGUAGCACGUCAGACCGCACCUCAGGCCACGCCUCAGGUCGCACCUAAGGUCGCACCUCAAUCCACACCUCAGGUCGCACCCCAGACCACACCUCAAGCCACUCCUCAAGCCACACCUCAGGUCGCUCCUAAGGUCGCUCCUAAGGCCACACCUCAGGUCGCACCUCAGGUCGCACCUCAGGCCACACCUCAGGCUGCACCUCAGGCCACACCUCAGGCCACACCUCAAGUGACACCUCAGGUCGCGCCCAAGGCCGCCCCGCCGGUCGUCCCCCCGCUGCACCACAACCCGGCGCCGAAGCCUGCCCCGCCACAGGACCAGACUGCGGCAUCCUCGAAGCAGCCACAGCAGAGGCCCCCACAAGUGCAGAGGGCGGCUGUCCAGCAAAAUGCGGUGGCGCCGGCCACGCCGCAGCCUGUACCAGCGCAGCAGAAGACCCAACAGCGGCCCGCUCCGCAGCUGCCCCAGGCGGGGAGCGCGACGUGGCAGCAGCAAAAGCUCCUGCAGCAACAUCAGGCGCGCUUGCAGGCUCAGCAGAGGCCGUCGCCGACGUCCGCGACGCCCCCCGCACUCAGUGUAACGUUGGCCCAGCCCAAGCCGACGCCGACGCCGCCCCUG